AUGCAUGCCCCUCCAGCUUGCCCUUCUCCGUCAGUGCCACUACAAGGGUCUACCUUCACUGAUGCAAGGAAACGCUCCUACAAGAGAGCGCUGCGUCGUGCGGCCCUGCACCCUGAGCAACGCACUCAAUAUCGGGGAAGGCCUUAUACUCUUCGACAGCUCCGCUCACGUUAUGUGGGAGUCAACGCUGAGGUCGAGGUGCAAUCUCGAGCCAAACUGCCCGUGCUAGUCCGAAGGCCGGAUCGUCUUCUGGUUUGGAGCUGGAAUGCAGGCGGGCUCACCACAGAACUGUGGCAGGAGCUUCUUCUUACCCUAGAGCAGAUGCCUACCAUGCAGCGGCCUCAGGUUGUGAUGCUCCAGGAGUCCCAUUGGACUGAAGCCCUCUCUCCCAAAUUUCAGACCAGCGCCUGGACAGUGCUUACCUCUCCCACCACUGACUGCAAAGCGGCUGGCCUUGUCAUGCUGAUAGACCAGCAGGUACAUCAACGAGGAUCCCUCACCUAUGCCGAUCCGCUACCAGGUCGGAUUCAGCAUGCUCGAGUGGCUACAGCACACUGGACAGUAGACCUUCUCAACGUCUAUCAGAAGCCCCAGAAUGCUCAGAAGGGACAGGUCCAGGCCAACAGGGAACUGCGCAAAAAGGUCUGGCAAACUCUGCGACACCAGCUCAGCCGGGUCCCAGAACGACACACUGUCAUCCUAGGGGGUGAUCAUAACUGCCAUCUCAGGCCGUCGGUGUGUGCUGGACCUCAGGCUGGCCGUGGGCAUACUGGCUCUGUGCCUGACCAACAUCUCUUCCAAAAACUGCUCGAAGACCUCCGCCUCCUCCAAGUCAACUCCUGGACGCGGAAGGCCGGCUCCACCUAUAUACACCCCACCGGGAGUAGUCAGAUUGACCAUCUCAUAGGCCGCCAGAGUCAAGUUGACAACCUUGCCAAGCAGGCUCGUCCUAUCCAGGUGGCCUUAGCGGCCUGGCGACAAGGUGGGAAGCAUCUACCCAUUGCCGGCACCUUUAGGAUGCUAAACUUUCAGUCCCUCAACAGGCCUCCUGGGGCAGCUCGCUCCUGGGACCACUGGUCCCUUGUUCAGAAAUGCCAAGCCUGGUGGGACCCCCAAGUCGAGCAUCUUCGCACUUUGGUUGCGAACAACCUCUCCCAGGUACGAACGGUGGAAGAUCUGGACCGGAUGUUGGUUGCACAGGCUUGUGUGGCCUUCCCUGCUGCUCCCAAACCGCAGCGACUGGCCUUGUGGCAGACGCCUGUCAUGCAAGGAGGUCUUCGGGCCAUGUGGGAUGCAUACCGGCGCUGGAAACGGCCGUCCGGUCGUGGCCUUACCUGUCUUUUCCAGGCCUGGCGUAACUUCCAGCUCUUUCGUCAGAAGCACAAGGCAUUCAAGCAGGCUGGCAAGGAGGCCAGAAAGCAAUGGUUUGUGAAUCGCUUGGCGGAACUGCAGACCGCGGCCAAAUCCCAGGACACUCGAAGACUAUAUGCUGAAAUUCGUUCCCUUGCUCCCAAAAGCAAGCGCUCCGCUUUUCAGCUACGCGAUGCCGAUGGAUGUCUGCAGGAUGCCUCUGCCCAGGCCGAUCAACUUCAUCAGCACUAUGCCAAACUCUAUGCUGCACCAGACCCCCAUUCCCUACCGUCACCGCCUCAAUCCAUCACCAUGCAGGUCACACAUGAAGAGGUGCUGGCUGCUAUCCAGCGCUUGCCGAUUCAUAAAGCCGCGCCCCUGGGUAUGGCCUCGACAUCACUCUGGCGUAGUUGCGCGGAUCUACUGGCCCCAGUUCUGGCUACAUGCACGACAAAUGCAAGCACAGUUCCACAAUUGUGGAGGGAUGCCUGGAUCACACUGGUGCCGAAAAUUCCGAGGCCCCUUGAGCCGCGCAACCUGCGGCCCAUCGGACUUACCGACGUAGGGGGCCGAGCCAUUGCGCGCAUACUGCAGACACGCCUCAAACCGCACAUCUCCAGUUACCUUAACUCUAUCCCACAAUUUGCCUACCUGGCACAUAGAAGCACGAGUCAUGCCAUCCUUCGAGCCCAGUCCCACUGUCGUCGGGUGCAACAGCAAUGCUCAGCCCCGGUCAGGAAGAUCAUGGAUGCAUACGAGAACAAACCUAAGUCCCAGCUUCACUACGGUGGCAUACAGCUCUCACUAGACCUCACAUCGGCUUUUGACAUCUUGUCCUGGGAGCUACUGUCUCGCUCCAUGGCUGAGGCCCAAAUACCGGAUGACCUGCGGGACUGGGUCUCCAGCUGGUACAGUGGAGUGCGCUACUUUAUCAAUCACCUUGGAUGGGAAAAAUGUGUACACGCUUCACAAGGGGUUCGGCAAGGGUGCAUGCUUGCUCCUCUCCUUUGGGGGCUUUGCACAGGUUGCCUCCUGGCCUCCCUUCAGACAGUGGUUGACCCUGCCUGGGUACUUCACUCAGUUACGUGCUACGCAGACGACUUUCAUGCCUCGGAUCAGGUUACUAAGUAUAGUGAGCUUGAACGAGCUGCCGCCCGCCUCGGGUCUCUGCUUGAUAUCCUUGCUGAUGCUCAGAUGUGCAUCAACCAGAAGAAAUCUGCGGCCCUGCUUCGAGUACGAGGCACCUUUGCCAAGCGCUGGCUCAGGCAGCAUCAGGUAGUGCGCCCCUCUGGGCCACACCUGCAGCUCCGCACACCGAAGGGAAGGCUCUUCGAGUUCCCACUUAAGGAUCAUCAUGUGUACCUUGGCGUGGAAAUAUCUUAUACUUCUGCAGCUCAACAGACAGUGGCCUAUCGCAUGCAGGCAGCUAGCUCCACCUGGCAGCGCCUCCGCAAGAUUCUCUGCUCGCGGGCCCAGCUUGAUGUGCGAGAACGCCUUGCCAUCUGGCGAGCCACCGUAGUGCCUACACUUGCCUAUGGGCUGGCUGCCUCAAGCCCAGAUCUGCGUGACAUCCAGCGCAUGCAGCACCUGCUCACUAGGCACAUACGGGCAAUUACUCGCCAGUUUGCUCACCUUAGUAAAGUCUCUACGCAGGACCUGUACAAGCGCCACCGCAUUCCCACCCUCCUUGACAUUUUGCACAAGGAGGCGCAUCAGCUGCAUAAGCAACUGCAGCACAACACUUGCUAUGGCGAUACUGUAGAUGACCUGCACUUGUGCGCUAUACGGGACUUUGCGGCCAACCUUCAGGUAUGGAAAGCUCAGCAAUGGGAUGCCUCGCCUGCAUCGGCCCCUUACCCGGCUGAUGCUGAAGCCCCCUUUCUCUGCUACCAAUGUGGCUGUUCCUACAGCACCUACAGGCUGCUGCGCGUGCACGAGUCCAAGGUUCACUCACAGAAGGCACCCAAAACGGAUCAAGUCAAGUUUGAUCGCCAGCUUCAUAGCACCGGAGGAGUACCGACUUGCCGCCUAUGUGGACACGCUUUUCGACAGUGGGAUAAUCUCAAGCAGCACGUCAAAAGAAGCCGCUGCCCCAAGCUUCGGACUCCUGCACAUGAGACCCAGGUGUGUGCGAAUGUCGUUGCUACCGGUUUACCUGGAGAUGGUCUGGGCGAGGACAAUACGGCGUCUACAUCUCAGCCUGCCUCCCGCACUGUGCCUGAUCUCCACGUACCACUGAUCCGUCGACCGGAGGUUCUACAAAAGCUGCAGGCACGUCAGUGGGUCGACCUGGCAAGUGAUGCUGUUAUCCAGCAAUAUUUGUUCCAUCACUGCCCAGUUUGCUUUCAGUGGUGUGCUGAUGCGGUGGGGCUAAAGCACCAUCUGGCUCAUGCACACGCUUCCUGGCUCGAGACGAAGGCCGAGGCUCAGCAUCUGCUUAAGGCAUUUCGGCGGGCAAUUGUCCUGCCGUGUAGGCCUGGCAUGAGUCCAUUUUCCCUCGAGCAGAUGGAUCUCAGUCAAGAGGAGGCUCUCUUUUUCGGGCAGGGCGACAAUCCGGCGGUCCCGCCGCCUUCCAAGCGGCCACGGCCCGAGAACAGCCCGGGCUCUUCGAUGCCACAGACGACCAAGGGCAAAGGCAAAGGGAAGAAAGGGAAAGGAAAAGGCAAGACUCAGCCUCUUCCACCGACGUGGGACUACACCAAUGGUUCCGAAAGCUGGGACAGCCCAUGGCCCCAGGCGAGGGGGGCCUCUCAGCAUCAGCAUCAUCCCGAGGCGACGGACUACUGCUACCACCACAUGCAGAACCUCACCAAGCUUGUGCUACAGCAGGAGCAAAUGAUUACGUCUCUUCGACAGGAUGUGGUCCUCUACCUGUUUGUCAAGACAGGCCAGGGGAGCAUUGUUCCCCUGCUGCACCAGACAGCAGAGCAGUGGCGACAUAUGAAGGAGUCCAGCCCGGAGACUCUCACCUACUCGCUGAAGCUUGCGAUGUUCAAGAAGCUGCUGAUCGAGCUCCACGGCCGAUUGGCGACGGUUGCCAAGACUCAGGCAGAGCUGGACAAGGCGAAGCAGCUGAACUGGGUGGACGAGCGGGGACAUUGGAGGGUUCUCAAAUGGAAUCCUCUGAAGAGCGAGCUCCAGGUCGACGACAGCAAGACCACGGUACCUACGGAGGACCUGCUCAGGCAAACGGUGGAGCUACGGAAGGGUGUCACCGAGGAAGCCCUCCAUCGGUUCAGGAGUCACAAGCGGAUGACAGAGAAUCCCACGGCCGAGUGGGUGCAGUUCCGGAUGGAGAUCUCCCUGCGUCGCCUGGGCGACCCCAUCUGGCACACCCUUCAGGGUUGGGUGGGGCAGGCGGCGUGGCAUCUCUUGGGCUGUCGCUUGAGAAGGGAGCGGCCGCAGUACAACGGCCUGGCCGAUCUGGUGCGUCAGG